CCCCCCACCCAACACCCUAAAAAAAGACAGGACCAUCAACAGCACGGUGAUCCUCCCCUCCUCCCAGCCUCGUCAGGCAGCUGGGACCAGUAGAGUCCUCCACAGCAUCCCUGAUCUGAACAAUCUGAUGGGGAACAAGUCAACAAGCGAAAGGAGCAGCUCAGGGAAGAUUUCAGUGCACUGAAAGUUAAAGUCGUUUGUCGAUUCCUAAAACGAGCGCAGAGCCAUGAGUACCUUUGGGUACCGCACGGAGCUGAAGAAGUACGAGGAGGUGGAUGAAGACGAGCUGCUGGCCACCCUGUCGUCCGAGGAGCUCCAGGAGCUGGAGAGGGAGCUGGACGACCUGGACGACAACGUCCCCAUCGGCCUGAGACAGAAAGACCAGACCGCCAAGACGCCGACGGGGAGCUUCGACAGGGACGCUCUGCUGAAAUACUGGGAGGACGAGAACAAGAAGCUGCUGGAGGACGAGAAGACAGAGUCCAGCGGUGGACAGGACGGACGCCCUGAUAAGAGCAGAGGGGAGCGAGUGACUGUGACCACCAGCGACGCCGGCAAGACUCUGGACAGCAACAGGAAGAAGAUUUCACACAAGGGGAAGAAGGCGCAGAGUGUCGUCAGCAAGAGCGACGCAAAGGAAGACGAGGCGGAGAAGAAAGAUGAGUGUAAAAAAGAGGCUCCGAGCAGGAACAAGUGUCCUCAGAAGAACGCUCCUUCAAAAGGCUCGAGGACUGAAGCAAAGAGGACCGAAACCACCGAGCGAAGCCUGAACGUGACCUCCGACAGAGCGAGCGGGAACCCGACGGUCAUCGACAAAACUCUGGAGCAGAUCCUCUGCGACGAUCCCACCAUCAGCGAAGUCAACCUCAACAACAUCGAAGACAUCUCCCAGGAAACCUUGCUGCGCUUCGCCGAGGCUCUCUGCACAAACACUCACGUCCACAUGUUCAGCCUCGCCAACACUCACGCCGACGACCGGGUGGCCUUCGCCAUCUCCAAGAUGCUCCGUGAGAACCAGUUCAUCAGAAACCUGAACAUCGAGUCCAACUUCGUGUCCGGUCAGGGCAUCCUGGCUCUGCUGGCGGCGCUGCAGCACAACAGGACGCUGGUGGAGCUCCGCUUCCACAACCAGAGGCACAUCUGUGGGGGGAAGGUGGAGAUGGAGAUGGUCCAGCUGCUGAGGGAGAACACCACUCUGCUCAAGCUUGGGUAUCAGUUCGACCUCCCGGGCCCGAGGAUGACGGCGACCAGCAUCCUGACGCGCAACCAGGACCAGCAACGACAGCGGAGGCUCCAACAGAAGACAGAACAGAGUCCUCCAGAGGAGUCCGGCUCAUCUGCAGGAAACAAACCACCAAAGAAGUCGUCACAAUCUUCUAAGACUGUUGAAAACCAGAAAAGAAAUCCUCCUCCGCCUCCGUCUGUAGAACCUCAGACGAGGAAGAUCGCAGAAAUGGUGAAACAGCACGAAGGCUCGAACAGCUUGAAGAGUCAGUCGCACCAAAGGAAACCGAAGUCAAAGAAGCUCAAGAAUGGUGCGAACGAAAAGGAAAGCACAGAUAUUCUCAAAGACCUGAAGAACGCCUUGAAGCCGUCGCUGCAGAAGAGACGAGACGAACCGCCGCGUCUGCCGCCGCCGCAGAGGUCGAGCCGUGACGAUCUGAUGGCGGCAAUUCGUGGGAGCAGCAUUGGGUCUUUAAAACGGGUGGAUCCGUCAGAGGCCUGAACUCUCCCACCGGUCCCGCCUGAACUCCUCUCACUUUGUACUGAAAUGUUGUAUUUUUAUUUCACACUGUCACCGUUUUCUUAUCGUGUCACACGGCGUAGCAGCAGACCGCAUGUCUGUGCUUCUAGAUGUUAUCGCUGUAUUUUGAAAGCGACUGUGAAUACUGAUGUGUGUCUGAGGAAUAAAACUUUCUGCUCUGACUCCA